UCUUCAUUUCCUAAACUUUCAUUCUUUCUUAGAUUCUUUCUUUUGUUCUUCUUCCUCAGAUCUCUCUCUCUCUCUCACUUCCUUGAUCCUCUGUUCUAUUUCAUCAUCUAUCUGAGGUUGUUUUUCGGAGGAAGAAUCGUGUAAAACCUUUCUUUCAAAUCUCUUCUUUACCAAAUUCUCAGAUUUCUUUUUUUUUUUUUUUGCAUGAUAACGUUUGAUUUCUAAAAUUUUCUUGUGACGUUUCUGGUUACGAUAAUAUAGAAUAAAUUAUAAUUUUAUAUGGGUCAAUGAUAAUAGUGGUCGACGAGUCGGUGUCUUAGGGUUUACUUUUUUAAAAUACAAAUUUUCUUGUUGAAUUAUUGGUUUUUCACAUUUGGUGAUUUUUCAACGCUAUAAUUGUAGAAAACAUUCAUGUCAUAUUAGAAUUUUUGUAAUGUCAGAACAACGUGUGCUGGGGUUGGUGUAAUAGUUUUUAAAAAAUUUCUUAUGAAAAAAGAAAAAAAAAUCAAGUUCUCUGCAUAAUCAUUGUUUAACAUAUUUGCUAAAUUCUCUUUUCUUUUUUUUUCUUAAACAUAUUUGAUGAUGAUGAAAAUUUUGAUUAGUUCUGGGUUGUAUAUGGUGGUUGCUUGAACCAAAGUCUAAUUGAUUCUUAAGGGAUACUUUUGAGUUGUGUCUCUGUGUGUUUGGAGAUUGUUUUUAUUACAAGGAAGAAACGAGAUGGAAACAAGAAACGAAACAAAAGCUUCACCGGAAAACAACCUCAGAAACAGAGCUUCUGUUGGGAACAACAGCAAGAAAGACAUGAUUUUCCGAGCUGAUAAGAUCGAUCUGAAGAAUUUGGACAUCCAGCUUGAGAAACAUCUGAGUAGGGUUUGGUCAAGAAAUAUUGAGAAGAACCCUAAGCCUAAAGAAGAGUGGGAAAUCGAAUUAGCUAAACUUGAGAUGAGGAAUGUUAUUGCUCGUGGUGCUUAUGGUAUUGUCUACAAAGGCAUCUAUGAUGGCCAAGAUGUUGCAGUGAAAGUGCUAGAUUGGGGAGAAGAUGGUUACGCUACCGCGGCUGAGACAUCUGCUCUUCGUGCUUCAUUCCGUCAAGAAGUUGCUGUUUGGCACAAACUUGACCAUCCUAAUGUCACAAAGUUUGUGGGAGCAUCAAUGGGAACUACGAAUCUGAAGAUACCUUCAUCAGCUGAGACACAGAACUCAUUGCCUCAGCGAGCUUGUUGUGUCGUUGUGGAAUAUCUUCCUGGUGGAACUCUUAAACAGUGUUUGUUCCGAAACAGGAGAAAGAAACUUGCUUUUAAAGUCGUUGUUCAACUCGCUCUUGAUCUUGCCCGAGGGCUAAGUUAUUUGCAUUCGAAGAAGAUUGUUCAUCGCGAUGUGAAAACAGAGAAUAUGCUUUUGGAUUAUCAGAGGAAUCUAAAGAUUGCUGAUUUUGGAGUAGCUAGAGUUGAAGCUCAGAAUCCAAAAGACAUGACUGGAGAAACCGGAACGCUUGGAUACAUGGCUCCAGAGGUUCUUGAUGGUAAGCCAUACAAUAGGAGAUGUGAUGUUUACAGCUUUGGGAUAUGCUUAUGGGAGAUUUAUUGUUGUGACAUGCCUUAUCCUGAUCUCAGUUUUGCUGAUGUUUCUUCUGCGGUUGUUCGUCAGAAUUUGAGACCGGACAUGCCAAGAUGUUGUCCAACAUCAUUGGCGACCAUAAUGAAGAGAUGUUGGGAAGCUAAUCCAGAGAAGCGACCAGAGAUGGAUGAAGUGGUGAGGAUGCUUGAAGCUGUUGACACCUCUAAAGGUGGUGGAAUGAUCCCUGAAGAUCAAAUAUCUGGUUGUUUCUGCUUUGUCUCUGGUCGUGGUCCAUAAUUUUUUACCUUUUUCACCGUGUGGUCUCUAUUUUUACCCUUCUUCUUCUUACUUUUACAUUCACUUUGAAUUUUGGAGCAAUGCUCUGUUUUUUUUUUCUAUCUCUUUAAAUUUGUCAAGUUGAAAAAAAAGUUUUCAAUU